AUGAAAAUAGCCUCUCUCCUUCUUUAUGAUACUUUCCAUCGAUGGGCAGGAUUGCGGAAUAAUGAUGAUUUUUCUGAUGAGAUUCAACAUCGCCUAAAUGCUCUGGAGAAUGACGUAACACAGCUGGUGAAGAAUAUGUCUAGUGCUGAAUCAUUGCUUUGGCUCACAUCUUCUGAUAAAAAACGACUCGCACAGCUUCUGCAGCAGUAUAGUACAUAUUCUAAAGAGAACAGACGUCCACUAGAAGAGGAAGCCUCGUAUGAGAAUAAGCGCCUCCUGCAUGAUUUCCAAAAGCCUCUAUCAAAGGAACACUACCAUGGAAAUCAGUUUCAACUCUCCAAUAUUAGCGAG